AGGAAAAAAAAAGGGAGAAAUCUCCCACAUAAGCAGGAGGAUUACAGGCCGAUAAUAGAUGGACAGUUCAAUUAUCAGGACAUUCAGACUAUUCCCAAAGGCAAAAUCUUGACAGAGGAAGCCUUGACUCUUCUCAACAACCAUCAGCGCUCUCCAGAGACAUGGACUGCUGAGAAAAUAGCAGAAAAAUAUUCUUUAGAACUGAAGGAUGUGAAUAACCUUUUAACAUUCUUCAUCCCAUUCGUUAUGGAUUUCCUUCCUUACAAAGACCAGAAAACCCUGGACUCCAAAUAAAAAUUUCAAACAGAA